UUUAUUCAUGUGAGGAAAGGCUGCAAGAUUGUUAUUGUUAAAGCAAUUCCUUUACUUUCUCUUAGCUCUGCUGACCUUUUUAGUGUGGUCUAAAACUUCCCAGUAGCUAGCAUCCUUUGAGGAAUGGCAGAUCCUUUGUGGCUCUGCAUAGCUUGAAUUAAGGUCCUGAUUCAGCAAAGCCCUCAGGCCCAGAUUUUUGAAGCUAUUUGAGGUUGCUGAGCUCAGUGUUGCAACAAUGCCUGACUGAUUGAGGAGCCUAAAUUCCAUUUUCAAAAGGGAUAUAGGCAUGGAGGAGUCUAAAUCCCAUUGGCUGUCAAUAGAAUGUAAUCUUCUCCGUGCCUAAAUCUGGGAAAAAGUGAGUUAGGCUUGGGCAUUGCGAUGCUGAGUGCCGCAGCACCUAAAUAGCUUUAAAAAUCUGGCCUUAAGGCACCUAGGUUGCCAAAAUACUGUUGAAAAUCCCACUAGGCAUCUAUCUGCAACUUUGGAUGCCUAAAUGCCUCUGAAUAUCUGUCCUUCUGCCCUUGCUUAAGUUGAUGGGAUGUUUGUGCCUUUGAAAGUCCCACCUCUGAGUUUUAGUAUUUUUAUUUGUACCUAGAUGCACCUCAUAGAGAAAGCAGAAGAGGACAAUCGAACGGUCAUCACAGAAUUCAUCCUCCUGGGAUUUGGGAAUCUCCCUGAGCUGCAGAUCCUUCUCUUCCUGGUUUUCCUAAUGAUCUAUAUUGUGACCAUGUCCGGGAACAUCCUCAUCAUUGUGCUAGUUGUAGCUGAUCAGCACCUUCACACCCCCAUGUACUACUUCCUGGGGAACUUGUCCUGCUUGGAGACCUGCUACACCUCCACCAUCCUGCCUAGGAUGCUGGCCAGUCUCCUGACUAGAGACAGAACCAUUUCUGUCAGUGGCUGUUUUGCACAGUUUUAUUGCUUUGUUUUUUUGGCAGCUACAGAAUGCUAUCUCCUAGCAGUAAUGUCUUAUGAUCGAUAUUUAGCAAUAUGCAAACCCCUGCAUUAUGCAGCCCUGAUGAACAGCAGGUUGUGCCUCCAGCUAGCAGGGGGGUCUUGGCUAAGCGGAUUCCUAACUUGUGUAAUAAUGAUGUGUUCUAUGUCACAAUUAACAUUCUGUGGCCCCAAUGAAAUGGACCAUUUCUUUUGUGAUUUUUCUCCAAUGCUAAAACUCUCCUGCAGUGACACCAGCAUGAUCACACUGGUUAGUUUCAUACUCACCUCCCUAGGCUCUCCUUGCCCAUUUCUAUUAACUGUGACAUCCUAUGUUUGUAUCAUUGCUACUAUCGUGAGAAUCCCUUCCACCACCGGGAGGCAAAAGGCCUUUUCCACCUGCUCCUCUCACCUCAUUGUGGUUACAGUUUUCUAUGGGACCCUAAUGACUGUGUAUCUGCUACCAAAAAACAAUACACAGAUAGCCUUGAACAAAGUGUUCUCUGUCUUCUACACAGUCCUGACUCCCCUGAUGAAUCCCCUCAUCUACAGCCUGCGAAACAAAGAGAUGAAGGAGGCCCUGAGAAAAGUCAUCAGUUAAUAUAUGUUGCUCAAAUGAAUU